UAUUAUCAAAGCCCGUGUAUUUAUACGUGCUCCGUACAUAAGAUUCCCGAUUCGUUCGGUACUUAUUGAAGAAUUGUCGAAAUUCCGAUGGAAACUUCUGCGUGUGCGGUGGAAAUAAUUACGGACAAAACUAUUUUGGAUAUAAUAACGGAUAUAACCGACGAUCCCGAGCAGGAGGAAGCGUUUUUUGUGGCCGAUCUCUCCCAAAUAAUACACAGAUUUAAAUUCUGGCAAACGAAAAUGGACGGAAUAAGACUGCUUUUCCCUCUUCGGUAUAACAACGAUCCUAAGGUGAUCGUCACGUUGGGUGCUCUAGGAGUGAAUUUCUCUUGUGCCAGCAAGAUGGAAAUUGAAAAUGUCUCGAGAGCGGGAAUCGAUCCUUCUCGUAUUUUCUACUGCAAUCGAUGUAAAUCCCCCAAGUCGCUAACAUUUGCUGCCGAAUGCGGGGUAAAAUGGCUGUUCUUCGACAAUAAAUAUGAAUUACAGAAAAUUAAACGUAUUCAUCCAGCAGCCGAAUUGAUUCUUCCCAUUGAUAUUUAUUCUUCCGGACCUAAAAUCGCUAUAAAAUCUGGCCACGUUGGUCUCGACCAAGUCUCUUCUUUACUACAAGAAGCCAAGGAUUUACAAUUACAAGUUGUUGGAGUCAGUUUUUAUAUAGAAAAUAUAGAAGAAGUCGAAGAAUUCACAAACGCCAUUUUAAUAUUAAAUCGUGUGUUUAGUACUGGAAAAAAUUUAGGAUUUAACUUCUACUUGCUUCAUCUUGAUACGGAAUUUCCUUCGAAAAUAAAGAAUUUGGAAAUCAAAUUUAACGAGAUAUCUUCUAUCAUCGGAGACGUUUUAGACCACCAUUUUCUACCAAGCAACGAAGUACAGAUCGUGGCAAAUCCGGGAAGAUUUCUUGUAUCUUCUUCCUUCGUAUUGUGCGCUAACAUUAUAGCCAAACGAGAAAUGGAAACAGCUACAGAAAAUGGGAAAAUGCUGAAAGAAUAUCAUUAUUACGUAAGCGACGGCAUCUUUGGAAGCUUCAGCGAUGUCAUUUAUUAUUACGAAACGACUUAUUAUCCAAUAGCAAUAAAGAGGAACCAUUCGAACACGGUUCAUCGAUCCGUGGUUUGGGGCCCAACGUGUUGUUCUAAGGACAAAAUAGUAGAAUGUUCGCUCCCCAACUUGUCGGUGGGGGAUUGGCUCAUGUUCCGCGACAUGGGCGCUUAUUCCUUCACUCGAAACACCAGUUUUAACGGGUUUAACACGCCCAAAGUUAAAUACAUUCUUCCUUUUCAAGCUUUAAAAUACCUCCAAAAUCUACCGAAUUGGAGUGAAAUUAGAAGACGUUUGAAUAUUUCAUUGUAAUUAUUUUUCCAGGGGAAAUCUACUUCUAAAUUUUUAUAUCGUUUAUUUCUUAAUAAAUUUUUUAUUAUUUGUGGUAUAUUAAACGAGUGAAAACAGCUUCCUAUAUACGGUAAAACCUGUCUAACACGGAACUUGAAUAAAACGGAAACCCGUCCAAAGCGGAAAAUUCUGAAGAAACGUCCCUGGGAAAAUUCAGAUCAAUGCUCUUUUAUGGAAAAUUGGCCCAUAUUUAGGGGUUAUUCGUGUAAUAUUGGGAAAUUGGUCCCUAUUUAACUGUUAAAGAUGUGAAGAAAAUCCGGAAAACUCCACGCGACCAGGCGCUAACCCAUGGUCAGUGUUCAGUGGUUUUAUCCACUGGGCAACUAGUGGGUUUGCUACUUAGAAGAGUCAAGAACUGUAAUAUUUAUAUUAAAAGUAUGUAAUAAACUACAUCAAUGAUAAAUGAGUUUAAUUCUUUUUUCAGUUUCUGCCUUUCAAUGACUUCGUUUUUUUUACUUACAAGAGAUUUCAACUACUUGUGGUCCCUUCGAAGGUACACUGAGCCAGGCCCGUACACUUAUUACUUUAUGCACGCAGUUAUUACUUUCCCGACUGUUAUACAAUGAUCCCUCCAACAUUUUUGGACUCAGAGGGUCUCGAAACGUUGAGAAAUGUAAAAAAAAUUCGGGGUUUUCUUCUGUAUGUAUGCAUAUUAGUGUGGGGGGGCAUGAUUUUGUUUGCCCAAUUCGAAGCUUAACUCCCGUGCCUUUUAUCGAAACUUUCUAAAAUUGUGCAUGGGAGGUUUGUUUAAGGAGAUCAAUGUCAUUAAAUUCCGUCGGUUACGGGUCAAGGGGUGGGGAAAUAAUGGGGGUCGCGUGUAUCUCCGUUGGGAUCGGACUUAAUGACGAUUUUACUGAUUAUUGGCAUUUACAAUUUUUAUAGAAACCC